AUGGACAUGAUCAGUGACGAGUUACUGGCCACAUUUAUGGGAAUCAACUUAACGGUGAUAUCCUCAAUUUUGGGCUUUGCGGGGGUCGUGUUCAACAGCAUCAUCAUUGUCGUAUUCGUCAGCCUCGGGUUCUCGGACACCACCAACAUCACACUUUUUGGCCUCGCCCUGGCCGACAUCGGUGUUAUGCUCACUGAGAUCGGCUACAGCGUCACCUGCAACCCGCUGACGCUGCAGUUCACCCCGUUUGAAACCAUCGAGGCCGUCAACUACGUCGUCCUGGGCACCCCCCACGUCUUAUUUUGUAGAAUAGCUGGGUGUUUAACGGCUUUCAUAACGUUCGAGAGGUUCAUGUGCGUGGCGUUCCCGCUUCACGUCAAAUCCAUCGUCACGCACAAGAGGACGAUUUGGGUAGUAGUAGGCAUCUAUGUCAGCCUCGUCUCCCUGACACUUCCCCAGUUUCUAGCGUAUCAGAUCGGCCCGAGGUUCAUCUGGCAGUCAAACCUCACGGUCAUCGGGAUAGUUAUAUCCCCGAACAUUGACCAGCUGGAGAAAUUCGCGCUGGUCGUGCCCAUCGUCACCCAAGUUGCAUCAUUCGUCGUCGUCGUGGCGUCCACCCUCGGUCUGGUGAGGUCGCUCGUCAGCGUAGCGAAAUGGAGGAGUUCCACGUCAUCGUCUGCCCAGUCUCUACAAGUGUCCGGUCGUGACAAGCAACUGGUCAAGGUGGUCUUCCUCAUAUCGGUCGUCUUCAUCUGCUGCUCGCUGCCCACGAUUGUCGGCAACCUGGUGAUGUUAUUUGUCAAAGACUUUAACGUCAAGGGAAGAAAAAAGAAUCUUUUUUUAUUCUUCGGCGUCAUAUGUUUCAUCUUGGACGCUAUCAACUCUACCAUUAACAUCUUCAUCUACUUGAGAAUGAGUUCAAAGUUCAGGGAAAAGUUCUGUUCAAUAUUUCAGUGCAGGUCCGAGGAUAAGGGAAAAGUUCGUUUAAAGUAG